AUGGAUUUCUUGGCAAAAGGUACUGCGAUUACAGAACCUUAUUACGAUUCGCUGCUACAGAAAUUGCGGGAGGCUAUCAAGACUAAGGGGCUUGGAAUGUUGACCAAAGGUGUCUGUCUCCUACAAGGCAACGCCCCUGUUCACAACUCUCUCAUUGCCCAUUUGGAAGCACGGUCCUGUGGCUACGACAACCUUCCUCAUCCUCCUUAUUCUCUUGACCUUGCACCCUGUGAUUUUCACCUCUUUCCGUCCAUUAAGUCAUUUUUGGAGGGCAAACGUGUCCAAGAUGAUGAGACCUUGAUUUCUGAAGUCACUUCAUGGCUUCAAACGCAACCUGCGGACUUCUACUAG